AUGCGUGAGCAAAGGUUCCGAAGUAACACGGCUAGGGAGUUGACUGAAGUCACGCAAGAACAUGCUAUGAGGCAAUUCAUCGCCAGAUGUUACCGGGUCGGGAAGUGGAAAUGGGGUCAGAGGGUGGAAGGCAUUGGUCACAUGCGCAUAGAGGGAUGUGUGCAGGCUUGGUUUUUAGGAUGUUCUGAAUGUAGUGCCAAAGUUUGUUUGUGGGCGGACUUCGUUUGGUAUUUACAUUAUGCUGGUUGUAAUGGCAAAAUCCAUUUCACCGACGGAUAUUAUUUGGGUAGCCGCAAGGCUAAUUCUCUUAGUGAUGUUUGGGAGCCAUUGGUGACUUGUGUUGAUCACCAAGUGGAGAAGCUUUUCUUCGAUGUCAUAGCCAAGACUUUGAUAAGCUAUGAUCCUUCAACAACAACAAUAGACUUAAUGAGAUAUCUUAAAGUUUUUAUAAGCUCAGUGUUCUCCUUUCCAUUUAACAUUCCUGGAACUGCUUAUCAUAGGAGUUUGCAGGGGCGGAAGAUUGUGAUGAAUUUACUGAAAACUUUACUUUCAGAGAGGAUGAAAUCACCAAGAAAAGAAAGCAAGGAUUUUCUCGAUCUUUUAGUUGACGAACUCGGGAAAGAAAACUCCAUGUUAACAGAGAAAUCAGCUUUAAAUUUAAUAUUUGUUCUUCUAAUUGCAAGCUUUGUGUCAAGUUCUCGAACAAUUUCUCUUGCUACUAAGUUUCUCAGUGAGGAUCCAAAAAUUUUGAAGGAUCUAACCGAUGAGCAUGAAGAAGUUCUUAGAAAUCGGGAUGAACCAGACUCCCAAAUCACAUGGGAAGAAUACAAAUCAAUGAGCUUCACGCAACAGGUUAUCAAAGAGGCAGGAAGGCUAGCAAAUAUCGUACCCGCAAGUUUUCGUAAAACUAUCAAGGAUUUUGCAAUAAAUGGAUAUGUAAUACCAAAAGAUUGGCUUGUCAUGAUUUAUCCACCUGCAACACACUUAAAUCCUCAGAUACAUGAGGAUCCACUAACCUUCAAUCCUAGUAGAUGGGAGGGAAAACCUGAAUCAAAUCGUGGUGAGAAGAACUACUUAGUUUUUGGUGGAGGGAUUAGGUACUGUAUUGGUGCUGAAUUUAGCAAAUUGGAGAUGGCUAUUUUUCUCCAUUACUUUGUUACUAAGUGCAGGUGGAAGGAUGUUAAAGGUGGAAAUAUAGUACGAUCUCCGGGUUUAGAGUUUCCUGAUGGCUAUCACAUCCAAGUUAUGCCUAAGAAUGUUGGAGUAUUAUAGAUUUACAGUGCAC